AUGAUUAGGACAAAUGACACCAAAAUGAUUGGAUUCUUCCUCAUGGGGUAUUCUGACAAUCGCGAGCUGCAGAUCUUACAUGCUUUGCUGUUCUUGGUGAUGUACCUUUUGGCUUUGGUAGGUAACUUUGCCAUUCUCACCAUCACAACACUGGACCAGCAUCUACAAUCUCCAAUGUAUUACUUCUUAAAACACCUUUCCCUUCUAGAUGUCUCCUUUCUUUCUGUCACAGUCCCCCAAUCCAUUGAUAAUUCCCUAAUGGACAAUGCCUACAUUUCAUACAGCCAGUGCAUCCUGCAGGUUUUCUUCUUCACAUCUUUAGCCUGGGCUGAAGUGGCUAUUCUCACAGUAAUGUCUUAUGACCGAUAUGUAGCCAUUUGCCUCCCACUCCACUAUGAGUUCAUCAUGGAUUCCAGAAACUGUAAGUUGGCUGUGAUAGCUGUGUGGCUAAGUGGAAGCAUCUCUGGAAUCCUGUACACAGCAGCCACACUUUCUAUCACAUUCUGUAAGGCCAAAAUAAUCCACCAGUUCUUUUGUGAUGUCCCCCAAUUGGUCAAGCUCUCCUGCUCCAAUGAUUACUUGGGAGUGAUAGGAGUGGCUGCUUUCAUGUCUGUGGUGGCCUUUGCCUGCUUCAUCUCCAUUGCCCUCUCCUACAUCCACAUAUUCUCCACAGUGCUAAGAAUACCCUCUGCUGAAGGUCGGUCUAAGGUCUUCUCCACCUGCCUGCCCCACCUCGUUGUGGUCUCAUUUUUUCUCUCCACAGGAGCAUGUGCAUAUCUGAAACCAACUUCAGACUCUCCAUCUGCUUUUGACCUUAUGCUAUCUGUAUUUUACACAGUGAUACCCCCAACUCUCAACCCUAUUAUUUACAGUUUGAGGAAUGAGACCAUGAAGGGAGCUUUAGUGAAGUUACUGUUGGGUGGAGAAUUCACUGGGAAAAAGGCAUGUUUGUUGUGUUAG